CAGAGGCAGGAAAAACUCUCUUAAUUUGUAGGUAUAUCUUCAAACAAGUCCUGCAGUCGUUACUACCACUUUAAAUUACUCUUGGUUUUGUUGUUUUUUAUUUUUCUUUUUGACCUCACAAUAAUACAGGUGCCUCCAGACUCUCCAAGUCUGUCCAGAACUUGAGCUGUGCCAAGGUGACUUUCUUCAGUUUGGAAAUUAUACAGAGCUCUCUCUCCACAUAUCAUUAAGGCAUGAUCUAGUAGCAUUAACAGCUUGAUUCAAUAAUUAACAAGAAAUUACAAAAAGACAAGGGAACUGCUGCCGAUAAGCACCAACAGCUUGGCAUGCUGUGGGAAAGGAACGGCUGUGUCAUCGCUUUCAAAGAGAGCCUGAGACACUCGAGUCCUCCUGGGGCAGGUACUGAUAUAUUCCAUAUAGCUGAGUCUUCCAGCAGCAAAUGAAAAACAUGUAUUUAUUCCUCCUUUCCAUUUUACCUUUGCUUUUGAAAGUCACUGGCACCAAAAAUGUUAUAUUUGGUCAUAAUAAUUUCACAGAAUAUCAAGUGGGCAACAUGAACCUCAUUCUCUCUGUCCCACAUGGUGGGUCAAUGGAACCUAAAGACAUCCCUGAUCGAGAGGCUGCCUGUUGGGAUGCGAAGACAUCCUCUUGUAUUUUCUCUCAUGACUGUCCUCCUGGAAGUAUUCAAAAUGCUAUGAAAUGCAAAGUGUCUACCAACCAAGAUAGGUAUACCAUAGAGGUGGCUCAGGCUCUUGCUGAAGAAAUCAACAAAAUUACUGAUGGCUUCUUCCCACAUAUCAUCAUAAACCACCUACAGAGGUUCAAGAUGGAUGCUAACAGGGAAAAGGAAGAAGCCUCCUUUGGAAUUCCCCUAGCAGAACAGGCCUGGGAGGACUAUAUGGGAUUUUUGACCACUGCAAAGUCACAAAUGUCAGGGGGCCUAAUUCUGGAUAUCCACGGACAAGCACAUCGUGAAAGGUGGAUAGAACUAGGUUACACACUUUCAAAAAGUACUCUUAACUCAGGUGUCUUUUCCGCAUCAAAUUCCUCAAUUAGCCAUCUGGCCAGUCAGCUGGUCAAUGUGUCUUCCAAGACUUUGGUUGCAGGGAACAGAAGUUUGGGUAAAUAUAUUGAAGGACAAAAUAAGAGUUAUGUUUGUGUGCCUUCUCCAUCCAAUCCUAGCCCAAAUAAUGGAAGCUAUUAUAGUGGUGGGUACAUAACAAAGACUUUUGGUUCCCGUAGUUCUGGCACCAUUGAUGCCAUUCAGCUCGAACUGCCCCAGUGGGUCAGGGCAGCUGAAGAGCGUCAAAGAUUUUGUAAAGCACUGGCAAGGGCUGUAAUGAAAUUCUGGCAAACUAACUACUGCAGCCAGCAAAAACACAAACUUCUGCCAUGCUGACAGCCUCUUGGCUGUCCUGUUAAGACACCUUUCCUUAAUAGAGUAGUGAUCUGAAACAAUCAAAACACUCAUUCACCUGGAACAUUUAAGUGCAAUAUAAUUGUGGAUGCUGGUAGAAAGAAACCAUCCUGCAAAGGAAUGCAUCAACAUAGAGGAAAUCCACAGUUAAUGCCAACAAAUCCAACCCAAAAAAUAACACCUUUGUACUAGACCCAGCACUGAAAUAUCUGCUGUAAGAUGAGUGGGUGCAAGCAUCACUUGCCUGUGCUUUAUUUCUUUCCAGUCUCAUGAUAAGCAACUGAUCUUCUAAUAAAUUCGGUGCAAUGCCUUAGUGGAUUAUCUGUUCAAAUAAAUUAAAUGUCUCUGCUUUUCUUUUGACACUUAA